AAUGUGACUUUUCCAACACGUCACUUUUCAUAAUGAAAAGAGUCGUGUUUACUUUUUUUUUUCUUUCUCUUUUUUUUUUCAUUAUGGCUGACGAUAACAGAGAAGAACAACCACAGGAUCAACACAGUAAUGAUCAACAAAAUAAACCUCCCUUUCGUAAUCCAAUGCAAGGUUUUGAUCCUUCAUUGAUGAAAAUGGGUAUGAUGAAUCCUGUUCAGUAUCAGCAUUUUCAACAAAUGAUGAUGAUGCAGCAGUUUAGAAGACAACAGAUGCAAAGACAAACAGCCAUGGCUGCCAAUAGUUCUAAUAUUCCGCCCGAGUCACAGAAACCGCCUACUGGCUAUGUAUGUUUCAAAUGUGGACAACCCGGCCAUUGGAUUUACUAUUGUCCCAAUGUACCUAAAGGACAGUUUGUACAGAGAAAUUCGGCCAUAAAUCAAAGAACACAACAAACCAAUCAAGCUGAAAAUAACAAUCAAAAACCUCAGGAACUAACAUGCAUGAUUUGUAACAAAAUAAUGACAGAUGCUGUAUUAAUACCUUGUUGUGGCAAAUCAUUUUGUAAAGAAUGUAUAACCAAUACACUUGAGUCCAAUCCAUGUCCUUAUUGUCAUCAAGAAUCAAGUGCAAUAGACCAACUUGUACCAAACAGAACACUCAGAUUGACUAUUGAGGCUCAUUUGGAAAAAAUAUCCAAAGAAAAGAAAGAGGAAGAAGAACAAGAACAACAGCAGGAAGAGAAACAAGGAGGAGGAGGAGGAGGAGGAGGAGGAAGUGAAGAAAAGGGCAUGCCUAUUCAAGUAUUUGAUUCUUCACAAGAAGAACGCAAGACAAGAAAUGAUAUGAAUUGGAUGCCAAGACCCUUUAUGAACAACCGUUUCCCUGGAUUCAUGCCAGAUAUGAACUGGAUGCGUAAUACAGAAGAAAUGGAGUCUCGACCUCCUUUUGUGCCUUUUCCCGGAAAUUUUAAUAAUGAAAUGGGGCCAUUUGCCGGUAUGCCUCAGGAAAUGUUUGGGUUUAAUGUUGGUUUCAACCCUCGGGGCGGAUUUAAUGGCAUGCGAGGAUCGCGCGGAAGAGGACGUGGAGGUUUCCAUGGUAGCAUGAGACGUCGCUCAGACAAUAUGGAUGAAAAGAAGUCUCAAACAGAAGCAGACUAUGAUGAGAAACCAAGUAGAUACUCGAGACAUCACCACUCUAGAUCAAGUUCACCUCGUCAUCGUGAUGAAAGCAGAGAAGAUAGUCGUGACAGCAGACGUAGUAGCAGACACAGAGACAGUAGCAGACACAGAGACAGUAGCAGACACAGAGACAGUAGCAGACACAGAGAUGAUAGUAGACGCAGAGACAGUAGCAGACGCAGAGAUGAUAGCAAAAGAAGAGAUGAUAGCAGACACUAUCGUGAUGAUAGUCGUAGAAGAAAAGAAGACAAAUACAAAAGACAUUAUGAAGACGAUGAAGACGAUGAAGACGAUGAAGAUAGAGAUAGUAAGCAUCACAGAAGAAGAUCCAGAUCGCCAGCAGAGAAUGAAGAGCGGGCUUCUUCACGCCAUCGACACCAUCACAGUUCAAGGCAUCGUUCAUCAAGAUACAACAGAAGUCGUGAGAGAAGUCAUCGCGACAGAGAUAAAGACAGAAAAAGACGUUAAAUAAAAUG